AUGGCUGUUCUUGAGUAUUACGAAAGAUGCCAACAGAGGAAGGAGCCUAUGACCGGGUCAGCAGGGUCCCCUGUGUUCUUCUGCCAUGCCUCCCUUUGCUCAGCCCCGUGCUCCUCUGUGGGCUCUCCCGUACCUCCGACACCCCCAUGUGCUGGGCACCCGAGACUGGGCACAGCUCUCUCAAGGCCGCCCAUGCUCGGUGAGCUGGAUCAUCCCAACAUCGUGCUCAUCUUUGAGAUCUUUGAGCUGACCGACGGUAUGGUCUACAUCGUGAUGGAGUCGGCAGCCUUCGACCUGCAGCAGCGGCUGCAGCAGCUGGGCAAGCUGCCCUGCGUCCCCGACGCCCGGGACAUCUUUGUGCAGGUGGUGGGGGCCGUGCACUGCCUCCACAACCACAACAUCGUGCAUCGUGACCUCAAGUGUGAGAACAUACUGCUCAGUGCUGAUGGCCGCCAGGCCAAGAUUGACUUUAGCCUCAGCAAGGAAAUGAGCAGCUACCCAGAAGUGAGCAGCACCUUCUGCGGAACAGAAGCCUACAUGGCCCCGGAGAUGUGGCUGCAUUACCCCCACGGUGCCAAGAAGUUGGACAUCUGGAGCCUGAGGGUGGUCCUUCUUGCCAUGGUGACUGGCAGCUUGCCCUUCCACGGCUGCCUCUGCAACACGAUCCAGCAUCAGAAGGAUGGGGUCCAGCACCUGAGGGGGGUGUCCGCGCUGCCGGAGCCCUGCCAGGCCCUCCUUGUCCAGCUGCUGCAGUUCUUACCAUCCUCCCGGCCCAGCGUGGAGCAGGUGGCCAGCAACAGCUGGCUGAAGGGGGACAACUAAGGGGAAUCCUCCCCAGAGAAUGUGUCAGGACAGCCAGCUUUUGGUGCAAUAAACGCUGUUGAAGAAAAGCUCUUGAGUAGUUUGACUAGCAGGAUGUGGGUGGGAUUAAACUUCAAGU